UGAAUGUUCAAAUGCCGCCAGUAUAUAUGAAUAUUGUCCAAAUUUGAUUAAUGACAAGGCAAAUCCAAGUUUUCUUCUUCUGCGCCAAUAAGGUAAUGCAAAAUCGCCAUUUUGAUAUCAAUUAAAUCACGUCUUCAUUCAAUGAAGCCUUGGCCUCCACAAGUCGCUGGGCCCACAUUCGCUGACCAAACCAACAUUAAACGUCUUUUAUUGUCUCCUUAAAGCCUGAAACUUCAUCGUUUAACUCUUCACUGUUUUCCUAAACCUCCAAUAGCCACAGCACACCGAUGGCCUUCACCGGGUUCAGCCCGCUUGACGAAAAACUUUUGAUCGAGUAUAUCAAAGCCACACCCACUUUGUCCUCUAAAAUUGGUAACAAGUUUGAUGACUUGAUCAUCAAAGAAGUCGGAGAUGGCAACAUGAAUUUCGUUUACAUAGUUGCCGGCACUUCUGGUUCUCUAGUCAUCAAGCAGGCCCUUGAAUACAUUCGAUGCAUCGGGGAUUCAUGGCCAAUGACAAGAGAGCGAGCAUAUUUUGAGGCCUUGGCAUUGAAAGAGCACGGCCAAAUGUGCCCUGAUCAUGUUCCGGAAGUUUAUCAUUUUGAUCGUACCAUGUCUUUGAUCGGAAUGCGAUACUUGGAGCCUCCGCAUAUUAUCCUGAGGAAAGGACUGACUGCAGGAAUUGAGUAUCCAUUGCUUGCAGAACACAUAUCAGAAUAUAUGGCAAAGACCCUUUUCUGCACGUCUCUUCUGUACCGUUCUACCAUGGAGCAUAAACGUGCUGUUGCUGAAUUUUGUGGGAAUGCAGAGCUAUGCAGGCAUACUGCACGGGUUGUUUUUUCUGACCCUUACAGAGAAUCUCAAUAUAACCAUUGGACUUCUCCUUAUCUUGACCGUGAUGCGGAGGCUGUGAGGGACGAUAAUUCUUUGAAGAUCGAAAUUGCUGAGUUGAAAUCCAAAUUCUGUGAAAGAGCUCAAGCUCUCAUACAUGGGGAUCUCCACACUGGCUCCAUUAUGGUUACUCUUGAUUCAACUCAAGUUAUAGAUCCAGAAUUUGCAUUUUAUGGACCGAUGGCUUUUGAUAUUGGAGCUUUUCUUGGAAACUUGAUUCUGGCUUAUUUUGCUCAAGAUGGACAUGCUAAUCAAGCGAAUGACCGCAAAAGUUAUAAAGAGUGGAUAUUGAGGACAAUUGAAGAGACUUGGACUCUGUUCCACAAUAAGUUCACUACACUUUGGGAUCAAAAUAAGGGUGGUUCUGGUGAGGCAUACCUUCCAGAAAUCUAUAAUAAUCAUGAGAUUCAACAACUUGUCCAACAAAAAUUCAUGAAAGAUCUGUUCCACGACACCCUUGGAUUUGGAGCUGCCAAAAUGAUAAGGAGGAUUGUGGGUGUGGCCCAUGUUGAGGAUUUUGAAUCAAUUAAGGAUGCUAGAAAACGAGCAGCUUGUGAGAAACAAGCUCUUGAAUUUGCAAAACUGCUUCUGAAGGAAAGAAGGAAAUUCCAAGCCAUUGCUGAAGUUGUUUCAGCCAUUACAAUGCUUCAUCUUUAAGAUUUAGAAAAAGUUGAAUAAACCUGUAAUCUUGAUGAACCAAUUGUAUUGAAGCUUUCAUCGCCACAUGGGGAUCACUUUUGAGUAACAACAUGCUCAAGAUCUAAACAAAUAAACCUGUUGCAGUCAGUUAAACUAAUGAAUUGAUACUUGUCAUUGGAGCAAGUGAUGACUCAACAAA